UAUUCAAACAAGAAUAGUCUAAGGUUUUCUUCAUCUUCAUCAUCAAUUCAUCCAUUUUCACUGACAAGCUAAGUUCCAUUUUCAACACCAAGUUCUUUUUUGUUUUAUCUAACAAGGCCACAUGGGUAGUUCGGGUAACCAAUUACACUUUUUCUUCUUCCCUUUCUUGGCUCAUGGCCACUUGAUACCAACUGUGGACAUGGCCAAGCUUUUUGCUUCUCGAGGCGUAAAGACAACCAUCAUCACCACUCCUCUCAACGCGCCUUUUUUUUCCAAAACCAUCCAAAAAACCAAAGAUUUGGGUUUUGAUAUUGAUAUCCAAACCAUCAAAUUCCCUGCAGCAGAGGCAGGAUUGCCUGAAGGAUGUGAAAACACAGACGCAUUCAUUACAAAUGAAAAUGCAGGGGAAAUGACCAAGAAGUUUUUCAUUGCCACAACCUUCCUUCAAGAACCCUUUGAGAAGGUACUGCAAGAAAGGCAUCCUGAUUGCGUUGUUGCUGAUAUGUUCUUUCCUUGGGCGACCGAUGCUGCUGCCAAAUUUGGAAUUCCGAGACUAGUGUUUCAUGGCACUAGUAACUUUGCUUUAAGUGCUGGAGAAUGCGUUAGACUUUAUGAGCCACACAAGAAUGUUUCAUCAGAUUAUGAACCUUUUGUUGUGCCUAAUCUUCCUGGUGAUAUAAAGUUGACAAGGAAACAACUGCCAGAUUUUAUAAGAGAAAAUGUUCAAAAUGACUUCACGAAGUUAGUGAAAGCAUCCAAAGAAUCAGAGUUGAGGAGCUUCGGUGUUGUUGUCAACAGCUUUUAUGAGCUUGAGCCAGCUUAUGCUGAUUAUUACAGGAAGGUUUUGGGCAGAAGGGCCUGGAAUGUAGGCCCGGUUUCAUUAUGCAAUAGAGAUAUCGAGGAUAAAUCAGGAAGAGGAAAAGAAGCCUCAAUUGAUCAACAUGAGUGUUUGAAGUGGCUUGACUCCAAGAAACCCAAUUCAAUUGUUUAUAUCUGCUUUGGAACUAUGGCAAGCUUCUCUGCCUCUCAGCUAAAGGAGAUUGCAACAGGCCUUGAAGCUUCUGGCCAGCAAUUUAUCUGGGUUGUAAGAAGAAACAAAAACAGUAAAGAAGAUAAGGAAGAUUGGUUACCUGAAGGGUUUGAAGAAAGAAUGGAAGACAAGGGGCUGAUUAUAAGAGGGUGGGCACCCCAAGUGUUGAUUCUUGAUCAUGAAGCAAUAGGUGCAUUUGUGACUCACUGUGGAUGGAACUCGACUCUUGAAGGCAUAACUGCAGGGAAGCCCAUGAUUACAUGGCCUGUAUCUGCUGAGCAAUUCUAUAAUGAAAAGUUGGUGACUGAUGUUUUAAAAACUGGAGUUGGUGUUGGAGUCAAGGAAUGGGCUAGAGUGCGUGGAGAUCAUGUUAAAAGUGAAGCUUUAGAGAAGGCAAUCACUCAAAUCAUGGUGGGUGAAGAAGCAGAGGAAAAGAGGAGCAGAGCAAUUAAGCUAGGAGAAAUGGCAAUGAAGGCUGUUGAAGAAGGUGGAUCUUCUUGCUCUGAUUUCAAUGCUUUGAUUGAAGAGUUGAGGUCGUAUCGCCCUUGAAACUUCGACAGGAUUUCUAGAGGAUUGUCACGGACGUCGGACAGCAUAUGAUAUUUUGUUUGCAUUAGUUUUUGACAAUUUACAGCAUCUCGUUUCCUUCACGUGACCUGGAGUUGCAGUUUUUUUCCCCUCUAAAAAUGACUUGGGACUGUUAAAUGCAGACGAAGGCCAUAUUUUAUGUUAUGUGUAUACAAAUGUUGAGAGAGUGCACACAUACAAACCAGUGACUCCAUUGUUUCCAGUGCCUCUCAAGUGGGCCUAUACUAUAAGACUUAGCUGACACCGGAAUGUGACCUUCCUUCGUUCGACGCCGACUCCCGAUUCAAGGCGACAAGCCACCAUCUAGCCAUUUCGAAUUCGUUCCAUGAUCCGUUGAUGAGAGCUCCAGCUUAUACUUGGCCCAAGUAAUUAAUCAGCCUCAGUCCUUUUCAUCUCUCUUCUUACGACAUCGUUUUGGACGCCCAUCAGCUCUAUUUCCCCUUCCCACGGGCUUCCAGGAAGAAAGCCGUCGAAAUACAGUAGUGGUGUUUUUCCUUCACUUUGUUUUUGCUCCAAAAUUUGAGUUCUGGAUUUGAUAAGUGAACUGUUAGUAGAUUAAUUCACAGGUUGGCAGUUCAGCUCAGAUUUAUUUUUAAA